AUGUGGGCCGAAGAAAGCUGCGUGGACUACGAGAGAGACAGCGACGACGAGUGGUUUGAGUGUUUCGACGCGGACGACUUGGAAGACGCGCGGGAGGAGGAGGAGGAGGAGGAAGUGCGAGGCGAAGACGACCGCGACUGGCUCGAAGACGACGAAGACCCCAAAGACAGAAUCAUUUCAGCUCCCGCCAUGAAGUUCGAGUCUUUUCUCCGCUGGAACUUCACUUUCGACGGAGAACACAAGCCCAACGAGGCGGACUUUGCGUCUCCACUUGUGGCUUUUCCGACUUUAAGGGACCGCAAUUGGUGUUCUGCAUACGGCUGCAUUGGCGACGACUGGGGCAGAAACCCUUUCUGCCGGCUCGAUGCUUUGCCCACUCAUUCGCGCCGCCGAUGGUCUGACGAAGACAGCAUCAAUCUGCUGAAACGCUGGUACGCAACGGAGGAAGUGGCGCAAGCCUUCAACCUCACGGAAGAACUCGAAGAAAUAUUUCAAAAUAUUCGAAAUGAAGAAAAAGUGGUGGAGGCGAAGCAGCAGGAGCUCGCGGAGCAGCUGAAGGCGCAGUUGGAGGCCAACAACUCGCUGCUGGACACUGAGGAAAAGGAGAAAAAGGAACAGAGUCCACCGCCAGCCAGGACUCCACCGCCCGAAGCAGCAGCAGCAGCAGCAGCUGCUGCUGCUGCAGCAGCAGCAGCAGCAGCUGCAGCAGCACAGCCCACAGACAAGGCCGAAGCAGCAGCGACGCCGGCGGUGCCCGCUGCCUCCUCGCCUAGCAGCAGCAGCAGCAGCAGCAGCAAGUUGCAUGCGUUUUUUGCGAAGAGGGGCGAAGCUUCAGAGGAGCAGCAGCAAACAGCAGCAGCAGCACGAGCAGCAGGGGCGAGUGCAAGCGGCACUGAAGCUGCUGCAGCUGCUGCAGCUGCUGCAGCUGCUGCUGCGGAGCCGCGGGCUCACUGCGACGUGCAGCAGCUGCUGCAGCAGCAAAAGAAGCGUUUGUGCGCAUGCGCCGACUCCAUGUCUUGGGCGUUGAAGGAAGAGACAACUUCUGUUGCUGCUGCAGCUGCUGGCAUUGCUGCGAAGUCUGCAGCAGCAGCAGCAGCUGCUGCUGCUUCGAGCGAGGCCAGCCACAAAAGCGCUGCACUUGCUGCUCACGUUGCUGCUGCUGCUCUUUUGGCAGCAAAGCUGGCGCGAAAUGCUGCAGAGCUGGAGGAGGAGGCCCCCCUUGAGGUGUCUGUACACCCCGCAGCACUGGCCGGGGGCCCCACACUGCAUGCGCCUUUCGCAGCAGCUGCAGCAAAUAAAAGUGAGUUUGCUGCAGAGGGGGCCCUGAGGACUGCAGCAGCUGGAGCCUUAGGGGGUGCACUGACACCUGAGGAGGCCCCGGAGCGGCCGCGGACUCCAGCAGCAGCAGCAGCAGCAGCAGCAGCAGCAGCAGCAGCAGCGGGGGACCUGGACAAGGUCUCCGCAGGCAAACGCAUGCGAAAGAGCGCAGCAGUGCUGCAGGAGACUCCAGCAGACGCAGCCCAUCAGCUUGAGCUGCCUACACUUCGACUCUCUCUGUCAGAGUUUGCGUCGAAGUUGCAUUUCGAAGAAAACAUUUCAAUUAACGAAGCACGGAACGCAGUUUCCGCCGCGCGCUUCCGCGCAACGCAAUUCAAGUUGCAAGUUUUCCAGACAGAACUCAACUUCCCGCGGUUCCCGCAGCUCCCCUUCACGAAAUAG